GACACCACUCCCUAUGAAGCUUUUUGGUCACAAGUAAUACUGACACUGACACGAACACAAUAUCUCCAUAUUGCUUUGGAACUCGUCUCGAGAGCUGUGGUGAACCACUACCACAUAGUCGCGUAAUUGCGGCUAUCGCAUAAUAUGGAUGCGUGUAGCAACGUGUUGAAGAAGACUUUCGGGCACUCGACAUUCCGAGGCAAACAAGAGGAGAUCGUGGAAGCCGCCAUACUUGUGAUUGCCCCGACUGGCAUGGGCAAGAGCUUGUGCUUUCAAGUGCCCGCUGUUGCUGCUCAACAUGGUGUGACGGUGGUCGUAUCCCCGCUGAUAGCUCUGAUGAAGAACCAGAUAUCAAAGCUUCGCGAUUUGGGUAUAGCCGUUGCGGCUCUCACUUCUGAGACUCCUUCGAGAGACAGAGCUUAUGCACUCCAAGAUCUCCGCUCCGACGAACCGUCUAUCCGCCUGCUCUACAUCAGCCCCGAGAAGUAUUGCUCUACCGAGAUCCGGCACCUCCUGAAUGGACUGUACGAGAAGGACGCGCUGAACCGCCUAGUAGUCGAUGAGGCGCAUUGCAUCUCAGAAUGGGGGCACGACUUCCGAGAGGAGUACAGACGGUUGGGUUCGUUCAGGGACAAGUAUCCCAACAUACCUAUCAUGGCCCUGACAGCCACCGCGACGGACACCGUUCAGCAGGAUGUCAUCCGAACUUUGAAGAUGUCCGCUAAGCGCCUCUUCGUGGCAGUCCAUCCAUUCAAUCGUGCCAACCUAUUCUACGAGGUCCGCUAUCAAUCCAAUCCCAAUCCUACCGCUCACAUGAUGGAUGUGUACGAAUACAUUGAGAAUCUGCAUCGAAGGAGAGGACGCGCGUCCUCUGGGAUUGUGUACUGUCGAACGCGCGCCUUAUGCGACGAGCUCGCGCUGUUCCUCAGCAAGAAAGGUAUACAAGCCAAGGCGUAUCAUCGUGGGCUGAGCAACGCGGUCUUGGACAAGACGCUGAAAGACUGGGAUGCGGGUGGCAACGGCGUACCCGGUGGCGUGGACGUGGUCUGUGCUACCAUUGCAUUCGGCAUGGGCAUUGAUAAGGCAGAUGUCCGCUAUGUCCUUCACUUCAAUCUACCGAAGAGCAUUGAAGGGUACUACCAGGAGACGGGCAGGGCAGGCCGUGAUGGUUUGCCGGCCAAGUGCAUCCUUUUCUAUUCAAGAGAGGAUGCGGCACGCGUGAAGCAGUUCGUAUCCGAUUCCCAUUCGAAGCGCGUCGUCCGAGCGGAGUCGGGGAAUGGUCCGGAACCCAGCCAGAGGGCUGCAGAUAGUGUCUCCGCUCUCCUUGACUUUGCGGAGAACGUCAACAUAUGCCGACACGUCUUGAUUUGCCGGUACUUUGGGGAGAAGAUUGACUUGCGAGACCCCGAGGUGACCAAGCAGUAUUGCUCCCAGAUGUGCGAUGUCUGCAAGUACCCAGACAAAGCGCGGAAGCGCAAGCUUCACUUGUCUUCGCCAGAGGACGUCGACUCGCAGCCGUGGCUGCAAGGGAGCCGUGCUCAGUUCGACGAUGCGGGCGCACGAGCAGAGUCGCCUGGAAAUGUUCCUCGCAGGCUGCCUUCGGGGGAUUCCUUCGACCCCAGGCCGGGCCCCUCAAGAACGUCCACCAAGCGAUCGAGCUACCCAGACAAGAUGGCCCACGAGUCCUCAGGCUCAGGUUCAUCGAAGAAGGUGAAGACGGCUCCGCCUCCUGUGCCAGUCCCUAUAUGUAAGUGGCCCACGACCGAACAGCUGGAAGGUUGGUAUGGAGCUGAGUCCGAUAUAGCCGUGUCGCUUAGGCAGUCGUUCCGCAAGCCCUUCAAGACGCCAUUCCUCAAUCCAAACGCGGUGAAGGGUACGGCUGGGAGCGACGUCUCCAGCCGCACCGUUCCCGCGAAGCGUCCGUCUCCGGCGCGAUCAAUACUGCCAAACUCGAUCAACGCACCAAUCGAACUAGACACAGGACCUUCGAAUUCCGCAACACAGCCAAGCAGCCAAAGCGAAGAGCCCGAGGAUCACCGUGCAUGUACGUGUAUGCGCCCCGUGGCUGGUGCGCUGCGGGCCCAAUGCUCACCACGUGGCUCCCACGACAGCAUCUCCCGCCACACCGACGUCGAGCUCGACGCAGCGUAUUCGCAGAAGAUCCCGGCCCACGUACGCCAAGCUCACUUCGCAGCGCUGCACAGGGCCCUGCACAAAGUGCUCCCGACCUACCCCGCCAGCACGGCCCCGUGGGCGGCGCCCUGGACCGGGCUCAAAUUCGCAGCAGCGGACACGGAGACGAAGGACGGCGUGCUCGCGAACGUCGCGCGCGAGCUCGAGUUCGGCGUGCAAUCGCUCUGCCGGACCACGGACGGCUACAGCGAGCGCGCCACGGCGCAGAUCAGGGCGGUGAAGAUGCUCGCGCGGAAGGAGGCGUGGACGGCAGGCACAGGGGCCGGGGCCGCUGCCUGUGAUGAGCACCUCGAGGACGCGACGGAGGUGGCAGACGUAAUCCGGCAAACGUGCGAGCGGGUGCGGAAGGGGAAGGGCAGGCCGACGUAG